GGAUGCCCACCCAGGCACCCAUCAUUUUCAGCUGCCGAGACGCGAGACCCAGACAAAAGCAGCCAGCGGAAAAGAGGGGAACCCUCUCAUCCCAUCCCACCAGUUCCCCAAUUCCAUUUCUCCAUCCAUGACAGCUCGCCAUUUCCCCACCUGUUCCUACGCUACCGCCACCUAAAAAAAAUUCCAGGCACCUAGUGCUUCCCAUUCCAAUCUUGCUCAAAGGUCAUUUCAUUUCGGCCGGUGCCUAUUUUAGGCCGAUUGGAGGGAAGGCUGGUCUGUGUUUUAUUUUCCUGCUGCGAGCGCUUUCUUGGGCGAGUUGAAUUUGGGCGCCUCUUGCUCCAGGCAGUAUUUUAUCGAGCUAGAGUCUGGUACCCGGUGAUUCUUGCUUGGUCCAGGCGCCAAGGCGAGGAAUUGGGCCUAGCUCCAGCUCAAAUCUGUGCCUUGUUGCAGACAGAAGGAUUUCUGCAUGGGCGAGUUGAAUUUGGGCGCCUCUUGCUCCAGGCAGUAUUUUAUCGAGCUAGAGUCUGGUACCCGGUGAUUCUUGCUUGGUCCAGGCGCCAAGGCGAGGAAUUGGGCCUAGCUCCAGCUCAAAUCUGUGCCUUGUUGCAGACAGAAGGAUUUCUGCAUGGGCGACCAUAACUAAGAUGUGAGAUUUGGUGGCGUCAGCUCGGCUGGUGGGUGAUUCUCGGUGCGUACACAGACACAUCCCUGGAGCCUGGAGGCUUGAGCUGAUUUGGCGAGGAGGACAGUGCAGGAGAGAGAUGUCUUUCAGGAGCCUGAUUCAGGACAUGAAGGACGAGUUCGGGAGCAUCUCGCGGCAUAGCCUGCGGUCCCGGUCUCACCGCUCCGCCGGGAACGCGGCGCGGGCGGCGGCCGCGGGACCGUCGGAGGCGAUGGAUCAGAGCUGCUGGUCGCAGCUGCCCCCCGAGCUCCUGCGGGAGGUGCUGGUGAGGAUCGAGGCAUCGGAGAGCUGGUGGCCAGCGCGCAAGAACGUGGUGUCAGGCGCCGGCGUCUGCCGGACCUGGAGGGGCAUCAUGAAGGAGGCCGUGCGCGUCCCGGAGGUGUCAGGGAAGCUCACGUUCCCCAUCUCACUUAAGCAGCCUGGCCCAAGGGAUGGCACUCUUAAAUGUUUCAUCAGGAGAAAUCGAACUACUCAGACAUAUUAUCUGUAUAUUGGAUUGACAGAAGCAUUGGCUGAUGAUGGGAAGUUUCUACUUGCUGCACGCAAGUGUCGUAAGCCCACCUGCACAGACUACCUAAUUUCUCUUGAUAAGGUCGAUAUGUCAAAGGGAAGCAGCACCUAUAUUGGCAAGCUAAGAUCAAAUUUCCUUGGAACAAAGUUCACUGUCUAUGAUGCUCAUCCACCAUAUGAUGGUGCUGCGGUCUCAAAGAGUCGCUCUGCACGUGUGGUUGGUUUGAAGCAGGUCUCCCCUAGAGUUCCGGCUGGAAAUUAUCCCGUUUCACAUAUUUCUUACGAGCUAAAUGUUCUGGGCUCCAGAGGUCCAAGAAGGAUGAACUGUGUUAUGGAUUCCAUCCCUGCAUCAGCUGUUAAGGAAGGAGGGAAAACUCCUACACAGACUGAAUUUCCACUUAGCAGCCUUGACUCUUUCCCAUCAUUUCCAUUCUUCAGAUCUAAAUCAGCUCGGAUAGACAGUUCAACGUCGCAAUCAUCCAGUCAGAGGGAAGAUAGGUUGGUGCUUAAGAACAAGUCUCCUAGGUGGCACGAACAGCUGCAGUGUUGGUGCCUGAAUUUCCGUGGGCGGGUCACUGUUGCCUCGGUUAAAAACUUCCAGUUGGUGGCUUCUGAGGACAAUGGACCAGAGAACCAAGAGAGUGACAAGGUGAUUCUCCAAUUCGGAAAGAUCGGAAAAGACUUGUUCACCAUGGACUACGGUUAUCCAAUAUCGGCAUUUCAAGCUUUUGCAAUUUGUCUGAGCAGUUUUGAUACAAAAAUUGCCUGCGAAUGAGGCAAGAGAAAAAUAGGUGCAGAUUUGCUUGUGCAAGCAAAACAUCUGCCCUCUCUCCACCUUUAACUCAACAAUGCUUUUGUCCUCGUCUAUCUGCAGAAGCUGGAUAGCGGUGGCGGAUAGCAUGACAGCAAUAGGGGGAUAGCAUGACAGCAAUAGGAAAACGGUCGCAAACGUAUAUUUAUUCGGUUUGACUUUUUUCUUUAAUUUUGAAUAAAUAAGAUAUAUAAUGUGCAAUACAAAUUUAUAUUUUUGUUUUUAGCAUUGAGUCUGUAAAAGUUCAUAAAAGAUAAAUCUCAAAUUUAUUAUA